AUGGAGUGUUGUAUACAUUCUGAAAAAGGAAGUGAUCCAAACGAUAAAAUUAUUCAAGUUACUGCGAAAUCUGGCGACACUAUUCUGUAUUAUGCCCAAGAGUGGAUCAAAACACGAGAUGAAUAUGGACGAUCAUAUGCUGUUAUUGCAUCUAAACUGGUUAAUGAACUUGUGGGCGAUGAUCAAGUAUUUCCUGCAUCAUGUGGUUACCACCGAAAGUGUUACCAGCUUUUUACAAAUAAGAAAAAUCUAGAAUCGUCAAGGAAGAGGAGUAUGCAGUCUUCGGAUGAUGAAAAUAAUCGAAGCAUUCCCAGGUAUAUUUUACCAAUUACCACUGAAUUUUAAACUUUUAAUGAAUAUUAAAGUUAUAGUGAAUAUUAAACAAUAAUUCGGCAUCUUUAUGGUUCUAUAAAGUCCUUAAAAUCCAUCAAAUUGUUUACUGUUUAUUUUUGUCAGGAGAUAUAAAACUAUGUAUAAAAUCAAUGUCCUUGUGUUUCUCUGUGUUUUACCCGUAAGCCAUUUUUCGAAAAUGUGUGCUAUCAACUCCCUCCCCCAUCAUCGAUGGUCCUUUUUGUCUAAAAUACAUGCAAAAAAUGAAGAGCAGGACUUUCUCUGGCUUUAGGGUUAGGCUUUUGGUUGUUCAUACAUCAACGAAGCACAUGAAUAGCUUAGUUCAGAAGAGUGCUUUAAUAUUUCCUUAACCAAACAUUGCAGGCAGCUUAGUUUAGUGUAUUCCUCUGCUUGUAUCUGUCACUACUGAAAAUGUUGUAGUUAAUAGUUUGUAGUUUAUAAUAAUAGCAAUAUUAGUGAUAAUCAGGGCCGCCCAGAGGUUGGCGGGGGCCCGGGGCAAAUUUUUUUUAGGGGCCCCUAUCUAAAAAAAUUUCCCGGAAAAAUUUUUUUCCGGAUAACAACCCGUCGCCAAAAAAUUUUCGGUCAGUGUACCAUUUUAGGGGUCAAAAUUUUUUCCGGACGAAUACAUUGCAAUUGCUUUCAAGGGACUUUAUCUCAUUUUUUUAUGCCAAAAUUCGGUACUUAGCCCAAGAAAACAGAUAUCUUGUCCUUUGCGCGGAAAUAUUUAACACACAAAAAAGGCUGGGGCCCAACAAAAAUUUUUCAGGGGCCCCCAGCAACUCGGGCCCGGGGCAAUUUGCCCCCUUUGCCCCCCCCCUGGGCGGCCCUGGUGAUAAUAGUAAUUAGUAUAAAUAAUGUCAUGAUUUUUUUGCAAUGAUUUAAUGUAGUGGGCAAGCUGAAAAAUCUGCUUGCCCGCAGUUGGAAUUGAACCCGUGACCCACACUGGGCAAGCUGAGGAAUCUGCUUGACCGUGGUUGGAAUCGAACCGCGGUUGGAGUCGAACCCGUGUUUGGAAUCGAACCUGCGACCUUGUUCAUGGGUUUGAUUCCAACCGCGGUCAAGCAGAUUUUUAUCAUCAUCUAGGAUUGGCUCUAUAAUUUUAUGACUGAGUAUUAACAUUGAACAUAGUGCAAAUCAUAAAACGUUCAGUCUGUUUAGGUGGGAAAUAAAUGCAGGACACCAAAGCAUUGAAGUUCAAAAAUACAAAAAUUAUUUGGUUGGGGAUACCCAAACCCUCGUAUCAGUUCACAGUUUCCAUGUUCACCACUCCUGCUGAGUUCUCUUUUCCUUGAUGUCCCCUCCCACACCCUACUUCCGAAUUCUUAAUAAGGUCCCGGUGUUUCAGAAAAAAGACAAGACAAAGUCAAGGUACCGUGAGCCAUAUUGUUAAAGCAACAGUGACAUUGUUUGGGAAAAAAUGCAUUAUCUGUCAAAAGGAAAAAUACAAGAAAGAUAGUUCAACAGGUAUUAUUGAAACUAAGAAAGUAUUGUUGUUUACUUCGUUUGUCUAAUAGAUAGAAUAAACAAUAUUUGAAUUGCAUUUCUGACUGUACUUUUUUCACCUAUAUACAUUAUAUAUUUUGUUCCUGAUUAAACAAUGUUAUUUCUGUCAUAUGCACUGACCUAAUAGUAUGUUUGAUAUGAUCAAUAGUUAUUUUUGUCUUAGGGGCGUAUAAGCCUGAGCCGUUGACUAAGUGUAUGUCACCAAGCGCAGAAAAUGCUAUCAAGUUUGCUGCUCGGAAGAAGCAGGAUGAGAAAGUUCUGUUUAUUGUUGAAGGGGAAGAUUUAAAAGCAAAGGAAGCUCAAUAUCACCACUCCUGCUUUAGAACGUUCACAUAUAUUCCAGUAGAACACGAUAUGUCAACUGAUGAUGCUUAUUCGAAAUUCUGUAGUGAAAUCAUUCAAGACCGUAUUAUUAAGGGGGGUGAAGUAAUAAAGAUCUCGAAAUUGGCAGAAAUUUACAGCAGCUAUUUGCAGCCAGAUGCAGAUGCACCGUAUUUUUCAAAUUGGAACUUGAAGCGGAAGUUGAAGAAAACAUUCCUGUCUUUGAUAUAUAUCAAAGUCAAAGACAUUGCCAACUGUGAGUUGGUUUGCAGUCGCGAACAAAAUACUAUGUUUGUGGCCCAUGCAUCGACAGAGGAAUCUAGUGACGAAGAUGAAGUGCGCACCAUGGGGAAUUUAGAACACAAUGAUCAGCGAGAAUUAUUCAUCUUGUCCCAAAUUGUGAAGAGAGCCAUUGAAAUGUCUCCACGAUUAAAUGUUCCAAACCCCCCGUUGGCCUCCGAUCUCACGGGAGACGCUGCAGAAAAAAUCGUGCCAAUUGAACUGUUUAAUUUCCUGGCUUGGAUAACUGGUGCAUGCGGUGAACCAGUUUCCGCUAGUGAGAAAAAAUUCGUAGAGCUUGACAACGACAGUGAUCGUCAGAAGAUAUUGUCCAUCUGUCAAGACAUUAUCUUUCUCAAGUCCAAAGGAAGAAGAAUCGUCCCCAAGCAUCUUAUUCUUGGCCUCACCAUUCGACAUGUUACUGGCAGUUCGAAAUUAAUUGACAUUGUAUCAGGACUGGGGCACUGUAUGUCUACCAAGGCAGUCAUCGAUUAUGACUCAGAUCUUGCCAGAUACCGUGCACAGCAAAGCAGUGUUAUACCACGCGAGUUCAGUAAGUCAUUUACCACAUGUGUAUUUGACAACAAUGACAUAAACGAAGAAACACUAAGUGGUAAAGGAACAACACAUUGCACCACUGGUAUAGUUAUACAACGAAUGUCUGAAGGUUCUGUAGUGGAUGAUGAAAAUCGUCAGGCAAUUUCCAAGUCAAGGGGGAAACGAGUGGAGGUAUCGAGUACAGAAAUACAGCCAAUCUUCUUGAAGAAAAAGAGUCCGUCUGCAACAUUUGAAGUUACUGCCAUAGACGAAAGUAGUGGUGAUAGAUAUGAUAACAUUUGCUACGUUCUAACAAAAUUUCGCUGUGAAGAAGAAGAAGAAGAAGAACCUUUACCAUCAUGGAGUGGAUUUUUUACACAGCUCACGACACUGGUUCCUGAAAAGAGUCGGAUUGGCUAUCUUCCUAUUAUUGAUGGCAGUCCUACAGAUCUUGGUGUCGUUAACGCUGUUCUUUCACAAAGCAUAGACAUAGCAGACAAACUGAACCAAAAUUCCAUUGUUGUUGUCAUGGAUAAAGCCGUAUAUGCUAAAGCUCAGUUGAUCCGUUGGACCGAUGAUGUGUUUCAGAAUCGAUUAGUUCUACGACUUGGUGAAUUCCAUGUCAUAAUGUGCUUUCUGGGUGUGAUUGGCAAACGAUUUCAAGAUGGUGGUUUACGUGACAUCCUCAUUGAAAGCAAUAUCGUCGCAGAAGGAUCUAUAAAUGGUGUUUUGUCAGGAAAAUACUACAACCGUAGUAUAAGAUCAAUGAAAAUCGUCUAUGAGGCAAUAUAUCGUCUCGUUAUCACCGCAUUUUUAGAUUUCAUGUCCGAUGAUGAGAGAAAUUCAUUGGAAUAUGUAGUACAUGAUCUGAAGGCAGCUUUUAGUAAUGGAACUUUUACUGAAGUUGCAGAGAGUGAAGAUGUCCGAAAUUUCCUGAGAAAACUAAAUGAAUUUACAAGUGAAAAGGGAAAGUCAAGUCCGACCUUCGCAUAUUGGUUGAGUUUCCUUGAAAUGGUAGAUAUACUAUUGGAAUUCGUAAGGGCAACUAGGUUAGUAGACUAUAACACUUAUUAUGCUUUAUUUUAUGGGUUUUUGUGAUUAAUGCGACCUUUUUUAAUAGUUCGAGUUCUCAAAGGUAUACGCUGUGUAAUGUGUAAUUUAAUUAUAAACAGAUAAAAAUUACUUCUGUUUCUAUUUCCAGAACGGGUGAUUGGUUUCUGCACCUCAGCUCGGUUCGACGCAUGCUACCCUGGAUUUUUGCAUAUGACCGCGUGCACUAUUCUCGUUACCUACCCGUAUACUGGUUAGAAAUGCUGAACUUACCAACCAGUAAUCCAGAUAUUCAUGAGCAAAUGAUAGCUGGAAAUUUUGCAACCCAACGUACAUCACAGCCAUUCAGCCAGACUCCAAUGGACCAAACUCUCGAGCAGACGCUGAAUAAGAAUUCCAAAACUAAAGGUGGUAUGAUUGGAUUCUCAAUUAACAAAUCUGCUGUCCAUCGAUGGAUUAAAAGUUUUGCUGAUAGAGCAGAGAUUCAAUCUAUAUGUGAGAAUAUGGCUGGUCGUGGUAAUCAUACACGUCAAAGGAAAGAAAUGGAUAUCACUCGGAGAUUACAUGAUGAGAAGUCGGUGAAAAGUGUGAUCAGUACCAUAGAGGCAAUGACAAAUCCUGUUUCCAUAGAGGAUGACGAGUUGGUCAACAUUGUCUCUGGCGCCGUUGCGUCACCGGAGGUCAAAGAAGAUAUUGCACGAGCCAAAACUGCUGGAGAGGAACAAUGCUCUGAGUACAUUGAUCUACGCCUAAAGAAAAAGGAACUGGAGGUUUUUGAUGUAAUCACAGCACUGAAACUCAAAACGUUUUCAUCAACCACUAAGACCACUAAGGCAAAAUCGGAAAAGACAGUGUUACAAACUACAGCAAGAGAUCUUGCCCGAGUUCUGAUAGUCGCCAAGUCUAAUAACUUGGACUUAAAUUACGUACUGUCUUUCCCUCUGUGCCCAGUGCCAUUGUCGCUUGCCAACUAUGACGGGACGUUAGCUAAGACUGACAAGUCUGCCAUAGGCCGUUUCCUGGAGAAGAAUGUUGAAGACGUAACGAAUUCGAAUGGUUCCACUGCUUGGAUUAUUGAUGCCAUGGCUCUAAUUCAACGUCUGAAGGACAUUCCCAUCACAUUCGAUGCAUUGUCUGUGAAAGUAUUGAAGAGUGUGAUAGCUACAGCUACUCAACAUCGUUGCACCAGAGUUGACUUCGUUGCUGACCGAUACCCCGAUUUGAGCAUUAAGAAUGCUGAGAGAGAGAGGCGAAAAGGAAAAGGAGCUUCUGUUAUCCGUUUAAAAGUUGACCAUGGUUCAAAGAAGACCCCAAAGCAAUUCAAGAAAUUCCUCUCGGUGGGAAAAAAUAAGGAAAGCUUAAUAGAGUUUUUCUUUGACCAUUGGAAGACAAUCGAUCCAAGUUUUCUUCAAGAGGUUGAGUUAUACUUCGCACAUGGCUGUCAGUGUCACAAGUUCAAGGCGUCAGCGACGAACUUGACUGUGGAGUCAGUAGAUGUCUUAUUCUCUGACCACGAGGAAGCUGACACUAGGAUGGGAUUGCACGCUUUGCAUGCCUUUCAACAACAUGAAGAAGUUACGAUCCAGUCUGAUGACACAGAUGUACUCAUCAUUUGCAUCGGCCUCAAUAAACUAUUUUCUGGAAAACUGUAUAUUCAGCGCGGUAAUUUGGCAAACUUGAGAACUAUCAACAUUGAAUCGGUAGUCAGCAUUUUACCAGAUGGAGUGGCGGAAGCUUUGCUGGGUUUACACCCAUUCACUGGCUGCGACAGCGUCAGCUGCUGGAAAGGAAAGGGGAAAGUGACUCCAUACGAACUUAUGAUCACCAACCCGUCAUACAUCUCCGCCUUUACCACCCUUGGGCAAGAAUGGUCUAUUUCCAAUGUUCCAAUGGAUGUUCUGGAGCAGUUUCUCUGCCAGCUGUACAACCGUCAGAGUAUUCUACCUUCGUUGCUGGAUGUUCGACUUAGAAUUUUCAUGAAAAAGUUCUGUUUGGACUCCAAGCUCCCCCCCAUCAUGGAUGAAGUCACCCAGCACACAAAGAGGGCAAAUUACCAGGCUGCCAUACUGCGCAGAUCAUUGGAACCGGUGAUAAACGCUCCAAGUCCUAUUGGCCAUGGAUGGAUUUCUUCAGACGGUGAAUGUCAACUUGCUAUUCAGUGGAUGACGGUUGCCGUAGCUCCCCCAGAACUACUCGAGCAAAUUUAUUGCUCAUGUCGCAAGACAAAAUGCUCUACCCGAAUGUGUUCCUGUUUUUCGCGAAACAUGCGAUGUGGACCUCUUUGUAAAUGCACUGAGUGCGAGAAUGGUGAGCAAGUCUUUUCUGACCUUGUGUCUGAUGCGGUCGACGACAUCCUAAAUGGUGAUGACAGUGAUUCCGAUAUGGACGCUUACAUUUUAUAA